AUGUCAAAAGAGAAGAGUGUGGUGUACUACUACCAUCCUGAAGUUGGAAAUUUUCAUUAUGGUCCUCGUCAUCCAAUGAAACCGCAACGUCUAGCUGCUUUAAAUAACCUUGUAGUGCAUUAUGAGCUAGACAAGAAAAUGGAAAUGCGGCUUACUCCGAGAGCCAGCGCUAUCGAUUUAAGGCGGUUUCACUCGAAAGAGUAUGUGGAUUUCCUGGAACGUAUAUCUCCACAUUGUGCUGAGGAAUAUGAACACGUUUUUGCCAAGUUCAACAUAGGAGAAGACUGCCCAAUUUUUGAUGGCAUUUUUGAGUUUUGUACUAUUUACACGGGUGGAUCAUUAGAAGGAGCUCAACGUCUUAAUCAUAAAGUAUCUGAUAUUGUAAUUAACUGGAGUGGCGGACUUCAUCAUGCAAAAAAGGCCGAAGCCAGUGGUUUUUGCUAUGUGAAUGAUAUUGUUAUUGCUAUACUAGAACUUUUGAAAUACCAUAAGCGGGUACUGUAUGUAGAUAUUGAUAUUCAUCAUGGAGAUGGUGUUCAGGAAGCGUUUAAUUUUACCGAUCGUGUGAUGACAGUUUCGUUCCACAAAUACGGUAGUUUGUUUUUUCCGGGAACAGGUAGUAUUUAUGAUCUCGGCCAAGGAACGGGUCGGUAUUUCGCUGUCAAUGUACCUCUUCAACAGGGAAUCGAGGAUGAAGAUUACCUGUCCGUGUUCCGACCAAUCAUUUCCCAAGUGGUAGAGAAUUUCGCCCCUGAAGCCGUUGUGCUGCAAUGUGGUGCAGACUCCCUUGGUUGCGAUCGACUUGGCUGUUUCAAUCUCUCAUUUGAUGGGCACGCUAAGUGUGUUGAAUUCGUUAAAAGUCUCGGCAUUCCCAUGCUUGUGCUAGGUGGAGGAGGCUAUACCCUAAGAAAUGUAGCUAGGUGUUGGGCAAAUGAAACCGGUGUUCUACUAGGCGUUGAAAUGACAAAUGAAAUCCCUGAGAAUGCUGAGUAUCUUCCAUUUUUCGAACCAGAAUUCACGUUACGUCCUGAGCUUCCUAAGCGGGCCGACAACCACAAUACGAAAGAGUUCCUCGCUGCCAUAAGACAAGAAGUGACUGAAAAUUUACGGCAAGUUCGUGGAGCGCCGUCGGUCCAGUUUAUGCCAAUUCCUGAAGAUCUAAUUGAUGUUGACGUGGCUUUGUGUCGUCCAGAGCUUGGAGAUGAAGAAAGAGGGAAAGACAACGAAGAGACAAACGUCACCUUUUCAGGCAUAGAAGUAUAG